AUGGGUUGUUUUGGGGUGGAGGAUGAAAAAGAAACGGCAAAUAAGCAGGAGGAGAAUGGGAAUGGCAAUAGCAGCUUGUUGGUAGAGCUGCUUGGCGAAGCAACAGAAGGAUUCGAGCUAGAGAAGGCAAUAUGCAGCCAUGGGUUAUUCAUGUUAGCCUCUAACCACUGGGACCCAAUCUCGCGCUCCUUCUCUCGCUCUUUACAUCUCACUUCUCCUCCUCUUACAGUUACCGUCCGCAUCUCUCAACCACCCACUUCUUUUUCUCCCACUCUCUACCUCUGCGUUUAUAGUGUAUCCUCCCUCUCUCCACCGCACUGCCACUCUCUUUUAAACCAGGUGUCUAGAAUGUUGCGGUUGUUGGAGUCCGAGGAAAACAAGGUGAAAGAGUUUCGUAGUAUUGUGGAAACAUUACAUGGAAAAGAAGAAUCAACUGAGUAUUUGAGGAGUUUCAGUAGGAGAGUUUUCAGAUCCCCUACUCUGUUUGAAGACAUGGUUAAGUGCAUUCUUUUACAGAAUCGCCAAGAUGUACUUUCUUAUAUUAUCCCUUUAUCACCAUUGAAUUUUUGCACUUGUCCUUAA